AUGCUUAAACUCCUUCACUGUAUUUGCAGCUACCACUUCUGCAACCUGUGGAAACUCAUUUUAACCUGUGAUACUCAUGAUCAUGCCGUAGCACGUCUCUCUGGUGACUAUAUCAUAGGAGGCCUCUUUCCAAUUCAUGAAGCUGUUUCCAACUUAAAAACCCGCCAAUAUGCAGAUGACUUUCACUGUUCUGGGCUACAGAUACAAUUCAUUUCUCAAGCCCUUUCUAUGAUCUAUGCAAUUGAAAAUAUUAAUAACUCCACACUCCUGCCAGGAAUCACAUUGGGCUAUGAAAUUUACGAUACAUGUUCUGAUGGACUAAAAGCUGCUAAAGCAACCCUUCAAAUUAUUUCUAACUCUGUUACAAAUAGCUCGGCAGACUGUAACCACACAGAAUUAAUACCCAAUAUCAAGGCUGUUGUUGGAAGUGCAUUUUCUGAACUCACCAUUAUCAGUUCAAGGAUCCUGAGCCUGCAUUUUAUACCCCAGAUAAGUCCUACAUCAUCGGCUGUUACUCUCCUAGACAGACUGAAGUUUCCAUCUCUUUUGCGCACUGUACCAAACGAUAAUCAUCAGACUAAAGCUAUAGUUACUCUUAUCAGAAAAUUCGGGUGGAAUUGGGUCGGAGUUAUUGCAUUAGAUGAUGCCUAUGGGCAUUCUGCGUCCUCUAGUUUAGAUUCUCUUUUUAAGAAGUAUGGAAUAUGUAUGGCCUUUUUCAAAAUAAUUUCACCCCAUGUAAAUAAUUUUGAUCUGCAAGACUUAACAGAUGAACUCAUCAACAGCUCCACAAAUGUUGUGAUCGUCUUUUUGAAGCCUCCUAUUGUUAAAACAUUAUUUGAGAGAGCAAUUAGACUGAACAUAUCCAAAAUCUGGAUAGCGAGUGACAGCUGGGCAAAUUCAAAAUAUAUUUUACCUAUUGAAAAUAUCAGAAAAUUAGGAACUAUUAUUGGUCUGGACUUUAAAUUUGAGCAAAUUACAGGCUUUUCACAAUAUCUGAGGAACUUGAAGCCUCCAGAGAAGGGUGCUACAAAUAAAUUUCUUGAAGAAUAUAAAGAGUUAAGAUUUGGAUGUGAUGAUCAAUCGAUACUGCCGAAGUCACCGCUGGAUUGCCAUGAUAAUGUGACUAAUAUCUACAUGAAAAACGACGACUUCUUGGUGCAAAAUAUACGCUGGAGUUCAGCAUACAGUACGUCAUUGGCAGUUACUGCCAUAGCCCAAGCUAUUGGAAAUAUUGUGUGCAAACAUGAUAUAUGUGACAAGUAUAAUACAUUUACCUCCAAAAUGCUAUUGGAUGAAAUAAAGAGGGGUAACUAUUCCUUCAAUGGUAUGCCAUUCUACUUUGAUCCAUCUGGUGAUGUUUUGACAGGCUAUAACAUCAUUUACUGGAGUACAACAAACAAUACCUUGGACACCCAUGUAAUUGGUGCUUAUGACAUAAAAGGACACACCUUUACCAUACGAGAAAAUGCUAUUUCUUGGAAUACAAAAAACAACAAGGUACCUUUUUCAAACUGUUCAAAAACAUGCCCACCAGGAACUUACAAAAAACACUCUCAAAUUACCUGCUGCUAUGAAUGUGUUUUAUGUGGCGAAGGAUAUUACGCUCCUACAAGUGAUCUGGCUGAAUGUCUAAAGUGUUUAGAACAUCAAUGGUCACGAAAUAGAAGCUCUCAAUGUGAGAACAGGACAGAGGAAUAUUUUCAAUGGAAAAACCCAUUUGCUAUAACAUUGAUGACAUUUUCUAGUAUUGGAUUUCUACUAGUGUCAGUAAUUGGAAUUUUAUUCAUAAAGUAUAUUGACACCCCAGCAGUAAAAGCAGCAGGGGGUACUUACACCUACAUACUAAACAUAUCGCUACUGGUGAAUUUAGCAGGCACUGCACUUUUUAUUGGUAAACCAGUUGACAUUAUUUGUCGAGUCAGACAACCACUCUUCGGCAUUAGUUUUACCAUUACUGUUUCUUGCAUUUUAAUCAAAUCUUUGCGAAUUAUUUUGGCAUUUGAGUCAGGGAACAGAGGUCAGAAGGUAAUAGGUUCUGCCUUUAAACCAUUAGCUAUUAUUAUUUUUUUAACCAGCAUCCAGUUGAUUAUUUGUUUAAUAUGGCUCUUGUUCAAAAGCCCUCUUGCUAUUGCCAUUGAUAAAAUACCACAGCUCCGAAUUUGGCAAUGUGAUGAAGGGUCCUAUGUGGCCUUUGUCAUCAUGCUUGGCUACAUUGGGCUUCUGGCAUUUAUAUGUUUCCUUCUAGCUUACAGAGGUAGAAAAUUACCUGAGAAGUACAAUGAGGCACAAUGCAUCACCUUCAGCAUGCUGGUCUAUAUAUUUGUGUGGAUUCUCUUUAUCCCGAUCUAUAUAAAUAAUACUAGUAGCACAUAUCUGCCUUCUGUACAGAUAGUAGCCAUAUUAGCUUCAACCUAUGGCGUCAUUGGUUGUCACCUGUUUCCCGUUUGUUACAUAAUUUUAUUUAAAAAUGAAAGAAACAACAGAGAAUCGUAUCUGAAAAGUAUUCAGACUUUUUUCGAAGUCCACAGGUCUGCGAUUUUUCCCUCACAGAGGAGCUCAAAUUUUCGUGCUCAGUCCGAUUUAACUGAGAUUUGUCAUUGUUCAGAGACAUGGUCAAAGAAUGAAAGAACCUCCAGUAAAAUAAGAAGGAGACACAAAAGCUGUUAACGCUUGUGCCAUUGGACAUUGAUAGUAUGGGAGCAUUUGCAAUAUACAAAUCAUCAUGAUGUUUUUGAAUACUAUGCCGCACAUAGUUACCCGGCUGAGUGUGAACCACACUGGAAAGCAGUUAUAUGUUCUAUCACAGUUAAAUAGAAGAAAAUAUAUAGGUAAACAGGGUGAAGACUGAAAAAAAGAUUUAGUAUUAUAUUGGAAUACUGUAGAUAAGGAAAGAGAGGUUGUCCAGCCUUUUCUUGUGAAGUUCCA